ACCACAUUAGAGGAAGCUGCCUUGGGGCCUGUGUGGCAGCGGAGGCUGGGCUUGUUCCUCCGAAGAUCUCACCCGCAGCCAUGAGCGGUAAAGAAUGCUUCAAGUGUGGACGCUCUGGACACUGGGCCCGGGAAUGCCCUAAAGGAGGAGCUCGAGGGAGAAGACCUAGAAGCCGUGGCAGAGGUCCGCAGUGCAGUUCCACCGCCCAAUCUGACAUCUGUUACUGCUGUGGUGUGGCUGGUCACCAUGGCAAGAAUUGUGACCUUCAGGACGUCUGCUACAACUGCGGGAAAAGUGGCCACAUUGCCAAAGACUGUCCUGAGCCUAAACAAGAGAAAGACCGAUGCUGUUACACCUGUGGCAGACCAGGCCAUCUGGCUCGUGAUUGUGACCGUCGGGAAGGGCAGAAAUGCUACUUUUGCGGCGAAAUUGGGCAUAUCCAGAAAGACUGCUCCCAAAUCAAGUGCUACCGGUGUGGUGAGACCGGCCACAUGGCCAUGAACUGCAACAAGGCAAGCGAAGUCAACUGCUACCGCUGUGGAGAGUAUGGACAUCUAGCCCGAGAAUGCCCCGUUGAGGCCACAGCUUAGUUUCCUCCCCUAACCCCCUCUCCACUGCUGAUUAGUUGUAUUUUCUCUAAAAUCUCUUUGCUGAUCAAAAGAUUGAUAGAUGGAGGUUACUCUGAGAUCAUCAAGCUUUAAUUGCUGUGUUAAAGGAGGAAAGGGCUGGAGGAAAAAAUUCAAAAAAAGUUUAUUACAAUUAAUGCACUGUUUCUGAGCCACUGAGAAAUCCAGAUAUUGAAUAGUCAUUCAAAGCACUAGACAAUUUCUUGGUUCUUUUUUUUGGUACCAGGGAUCAAACUCAGGACCUUGUGCUUGUGAGGCAGGCGCCAGAACCACUGAGCUAAAUCCCCAGGCCAUGGCUUUUUUGAGUGUAUUUUGAUUUAACACAUUCAAUUAGAAGUUACUGGUGAACAAAUCAGAACAACUUUUGGAACACAGCCGCCCUUGAAUCUAUUAAACUACAUAGUGUGUCAGAUAAAGGUAAAUUGCCACAAAGAAAAGAAACACCAAGUAGAAAAGAAGAGAAACUACUGUGGAGCAGGGAAGACAAUGUCCUUUUAGGUAUCCAAGACCACCCUGAGGAGGUAACAUUUCCUCAGAUUGAUAGAGCAAAUAA